AUGAAUUAUUUUCUCUUGCUACUUUUUGUUGGCUGUGUUGUGGCUGACUUCACUUACAGGUACCAAACGGGUGAGUUUCACAAAUUCACAUAUUGUUAUCUCUUAAUUACAAAUAUACAAACAUAGUUUUCAGCCUAUCCCGAUCCCCCAUACAUUGAAUUCUUUAUUGGAAAAGACAACCAACCCUUCAAAGCCCAACUCGACUUCAAUCGGCCUUAUUCAUGGGUAUUCUCGACGAACUGUCGCGGUUCGAGAUGCACAAUGAACCCUCACCAACAUGUUUAUGACCCUAAAGUUGCUGGUGGAACACCGACAAAGGACAGAUUCGACGAUGAGGAUUACAAUGGAUACAAUUUAUUUAAAGGAGUCUAUGCGAAUAACGUCAUUCGAGUCGGGAAUCUCGAAUAUCCAAUAGCCAUUGGACUUGUAACUUCAGGCGAGGGAAUUACAUUUUUUGCACCUGAUGGAGUUCUAGGACUAGGAUAUGACGAGAGAAAACGGAGCAUUAUCACUAGAAUCAUGAGGGAUUUAAGUGUCAAGCAGUUGACUGUGCAGCAAGGACAUUACUUUUUGCCCAGGGUAAGCUGAUAACCGUCGCAUUGAGCCGUGCUUCUUAAUGUCCUACUGGGAAAUAAGGAAAAUAAUUUCAGCCGGUCAAUCAGAGUUUAAACUCAGCCGGAGCAUAUACUUUUGGCCGGUAUUCUGAUGGGAAGUGCGGACCGUUUACCUUUUACGACACCAGAUACGAUGGGGAAUGGCAGUUUGUUGCGGAGUAAGAUACUUUCCUUUAGAACCGUGUACAAAGUCUAAUGUGCAAACUUUUUAGUUACUUGAGAUUCGCAUUAACUAAAGAUCUCACAGAGAAACAUGAUUUUUUUGAUGACUAUAAGAUGUGACCUUUCACGGCAAAUUUACGGAAUGCAAAAAAAUAAUUUAUUUUCGGUUUGCUUGCCAUUCGAAAAGAACUUUUAAAAUUUAACUUGUUGUUUCAGUGUCAGAAUAGGAUCAACGGAAUACAAAAACCAAACGAUCGGUUUCCUCCCCGGCCGAAUGUCCGAGAUUCCGAUCCCCAUUCUCGACGCUCAUUUCCCUUUUGACGCCGAGACCCAAGAGGAAUACCCAGACAUCAGUCUUUUAAUUGGAUCCAAGGAAUAUAAAGUCGCUAAAGAAGACUACACGAUGUAUGAUCCUGAGGUAAAUAUUCAAUCAUUUAUAAAUGUGGGACCUUUUUAGGACAAGAAAAAGUACUCAAGUCUUCUUGGCUUCUCCUAUUCUGCAUACAAUUACAAAUUUGGAUUUGGAAGCGAAUUUUUGCAACACUAUUGCGUAGCGCUGAAAUAUGAUGACAAACUGGAGAAGACAAAAAUAGGUUUGGCGGAGAAUUUGGAGUCGCCAAGAAGAAGAAAAUAA